GCGGCGGCGGAGCAGCCCCGGGGCGGCCCCGGGCGGGCGGCGCGGCCGCUGCGGCUCGGCGAGCCAGAGGCAGCGAUGGAGCGCUUCGGGGUGAAGUCGGCGCCGUCGCGGAACCGCUCCAAGACGGCUCUGUAUGUGACCCCCCAGGACCGCGUGACGGAGUUCGGCAGCGAGCUGCACGAGGACGGCGGGAAGCUCUUCUGCACCUCCUGCAACGUGGUGCUGAACCACGUGCGCAAGUCCGCCAUCAACGACCACCUCAAGUCCAAAACGCACACCAAGAGGAAGGCGGAGUUCGAGGAGCAGAACGUCAGGAAGAAGCAAAGGACUCUGACUGCCUCCCUGCAGUGCAACAGCGCUGCCCAGCCAGAGAAAAGCAGUGUGAUCCAGGACUUUGUGAAAAUGUGCCUGGAGGCCAAUAUCCCCCUGGAGAAGGCCGAUCACCCCUCUGUGCGAGCGUUCCUGUCCCGCUACGUUAAGAAUGGCAGCUCCAUACCCAAAUCAGAGCAGCUAAGGAAAGCCUAUCUGCCUGAUGGCUAUGACAAUGAGAACCAGCUCAUCAACACUGAAGACCGUUGAGAAGAGAACUGUUUUCAUCCUUGUUGUGAAGUUUUACAUAUUGAUGGUGUGGUUUAUUUUUAUAUUCAUGCAUAUAUACAGUGUUACAUAUUGAUUUUACAAGCUAUUUUGUAUUCUUGUAGAAAUGACAAUCUACUCCUGAACUUAGCGGUGUGCCACAGAUUGUUGCUAACCCUGCUGUGGACUUCAGAGCUACAUCGAUGUAUCGUGAGGAAUGUAGGGAGCAUCCCUGGCAUACACCUGAUCUCUGUUCAGUCCAGCUAUAACUGAGGCUGAGAAAAAGGCACUUGAAUGGAGGACCCCAGUUCACAGUGCAUCUAAGAAGAAGGUGUGGUAGGGAUUGCUGCUCGUGGCAGUGGAUUGCUGUGUCCAGUAUCCUGUCCCUGAGUGACCAAGAAGAGGUGCUGCACCUUUGAAAUGCAAGAAGCUCUAGGAUGGUUAGUUAAAAUAUCACUGCUCUGUUGGGGGAGGACUAUUGCAACUUUCUAUUCAAGCUUGGUUUACGUUUUGAAACAGGAAACAUUUUUCUUCUAGAACUCUCUCUUAUGCUGUUUGGUGCAACUGUGGAUGUAUUCAUUAUCCAGCUUAACCAGCCAGUCUCUUGCACUGACCUCUGAACUCCCCUAUUCUCAUAAGGCUGGGAGUUCUGCAGGUUUGCCAUGUCUGCUUUUCUAAAAUCACCCUUCCUUUGUCUUGGUUUCACAUGCCCCCUUCCAUUUCAGUGCCAAUAUUUGAAAGCUGAGUAGACAAACCAGUAGCUGAGUGUGGUUUGCAGUGCAGCUGCUGUCAAGGGAAACUUAUACUGGACCAAGUUCUUAGCAGAGAUUAUUGCCUUUUUCCUACUAACAGGACUAUGCUAAAUCUAAAUUGGGGAUGGUAGAGGCACUAAACUGAGGAGUUGGGAAGGUUUUUUCAUUGUGCACAGGAGAAGAGGCUGCCCCAUCUCUCCCUAAAGGUCCUUUACACCCCUGGCCUUAUCAGCCUUUCAGUCAAAGGAGCUGAAGUGGAUAAAAUAGUUUUUAAAACAGUACUGGAAAGGUUCUUCAGUACUUGUAAACACAAGUAGGAAGGCAGAUACAUUUUGAACUUAAAAUGGAGUUACAGACCUGGGCUGUAUUUCUUACUCUGUGCCACAGCCACAUCUAUUGGACUGGCAGAAAACAAAAUGGGAAAUUGAAGAAUUUCAAUAAUGUUACCCUCUCCAAAAUCUAGUAAAUAGUUACAAAGCUAUUCCAAAUGAUGAUGCCAAAUAGUUCACUUAACACAUAUGUUCCAUAAAGGUUUGGAAUGAAAUGAGGGAGUACUGUGCCAAGUGCUGGAAUACAACUGACCUCUGCCUGCUCUAGAUGCUCUGGGUUCAGACAGGUGCCAAGCAUCUCGUGGGGGCACAGGAAUCCUCCCUCUCCAUGGGUACAAUGGCAUAAGGAUGCUUUAACUCCUGAGGGUGGAGCCAGUUGUCCAGCUUCCUUUCCCCAGCAGAGUUUUGCUGCAGUUUAUUUACAGCAAUACCAAGGAAUUGCUGAAAAGAGACAAAAUAACCAGAUUAUUUUGGGUUUAAAGCUAUUUCCCCAGCUGUAUCUAGAGCAGUCUCCUUUGCUGGGCUGAGAGAGGCUUACAUACUUAGCAACAACUAUUUUUUUGUGCAAUUAGUCUGCAGAAAUGCACUUGUGUUCCAUGUCCUGCUAUGAAACCUGCUGGAAUAAAUGGACAAAGCUAAAAAGCAGAAAGUUUCUUACCCAUGUGCAUCAGUCCAGGGGUGCUCAGCCCACUGCUGGUCUAGGACUUCAGACAGAAAUAACAGCAGCAACUUUUUAAUCUAAUCCUAGAGAUCAAGAUAUGCCUUCCUAAAUAUAAUUUUUUAUUGCACAAGCUAGGGUUUAGCUUAAAAUCCUUAACUGCCUUGGGCUAGAACUGUUUAAUAAAUCUUCUGAAGCAAAGUGAAAGGUAAACUGCCAAUAGCCUUUUCUGUCCUGACAAGAACUCAAAGUAUUUUCUCACAGCUGCUGUUUCCUUACAGUGAAACAACAUCCUUGCUUUAAUUUUUAAUCUUUUUUGAAACCUCAGCAAUGCUAUCUUAGAAUUGAAGCAAACGGAGAAGAAUAGGAUAUUGAGAAAACAAAAGCAGCUGUAGGAUGAGAAGUGGGAUGGGCAAAAGGAGUUUGGGCUAGUUUGCUCAGUUUGCUAAGAUGGGAUUUUCCAGGCUGCACCCCAUAAUACUUUUAGAUAGGAUUAGAUGCUGUGUGUUCUUCCCUUAACUGACAGACUGACAGACAUUUUGAAAUGCUUCAUGAGAACAUUAAAUAGGCUCCUGCAUAAUUGAAAAAGAAAAAAGAAGAAAAAAAAUGAAGUUGCUUUCAAAUUUACAGUUUUACAUAAAAAUGAAGCAAUUGGCAAGUGUAAUGGACUCAAUUUGCAGGACACUGCUGUCUUAAUAAUAGGGUAUUUUCAUUUAAAAAUAAAGCCACAAUACUUUUCAAGCUUUUUUGAAAAUCAAGAUGUUGAUCCAUUGCAACAAACAUUAAUAAUAAAGCCAUGAAAAAUAAAGCACUUCCAGGUAAUCUAGAAAGAAUAACUAAGUUUAAAAUCAUGAACAUAACCCAAAUCACCAAGGCAUUUUUACAGAAAAUAUGAGUAAGUGGUUGCAUUCUGUCAUGAAACAGAGUCCUGCAAACACUCAAAUUCAGAACAUAAUUUUGCCAGUAUGGCUGCAGCUGGAUAAAACAUAACUGUAAUUGCUGUUGAUCUCAGGGAAGAUUUACAGCAGAAGUUUUCUCAUCUAUCUAAACCUAAGGAAUAACUACAUCCUAGUUUUGAGGCUGUGAUGGAGUUGUUUGAACAGUCACCAUGGGGGAUUAAUUUAUUGUGCAAGAAUGUAUUUCCUGUAAAGAAGAAAACUCUCAGAAGUAAAGGGAGGAUGGUAACAGUGUCAGCUUUUCACUUGACAUCCAAAUGUAGGGACAAGCUCUAAGGGAUACUUUCUGCCACGUUUUAAGAAUAUAUUUGAACUCUAAAUGUAAUAGAAAAAAAAAUUAAAAGAAAAAAUAUUUUGUUCUCUGACCACUACUUAAACUAAUUUAGCCAAAUUAACUAAAAUUACUCCCAAGUGUUUUUCUCGAAACAAAACUUGCAAAGAGUAAAAUACUAACAGGAGCAUUCUCUGUUGUGUGACUCCUUACAUGGACACACCAUGAUAGUUUCAGCUUUCAUGUUCUUGAAAAAACAGGAGCAAGCUUCAGAAUUUUUAAUAAUUUUGAAGCCUUUAAUUUGGCAGGUCCCAUGGAAAGGUGAAGCAUUCAGCAUAAUAAAAGGGAAUUGUUUUUCAGUGGAGAGAAAAACUUGUUCUGCACAGUAUGGGAUAUUCUCAUGGUAUAAAGGCUGGUUUUAGACAGAGCCCCUUUUAGCAAUUCUGUUGAACUCAAGAGUGAGAUGCUCACUGUUAGGUUUUGCAGCAUAAUGAGCUGAUUUUCAGGAAAAAGGAAAAAAAAAGCUGGAAGUUUGACAAGGAUAAUCUCUAUUUAUAUUUACAUAUAAAAAGAGGCAAGGCUCACUGUUGUUGCAUUCACAUACUCACUGCUACUUACUCUGUGUAAUUUGAGUGCUUGUUGUCUUUGUACAAUUUUAAAGUCGUGUCUAACUUUCAAAAUAUUUUUAUUUUAACAAAGUUUCUCACUGUUAUAGUGCUGUUAGAGUUUAGUCUCUUUUGGUCUGAUGAAGAUGCUUCAUUUUUGUUUUGGUGGUAGGGAUGUUUUGUUGAUGGUGAGUGGCCACAGAAAUGGUUUUAUUUAAAAAAAUAAGUCAUGAACUUAUGAGUAGAUACUAAAGUGAGGCUGAAGAUACCUGGGUCCUGCAGUGCCACAAGACUUCCUGUAGGAACAGUAAGACCAGAGUAAGUGAUUUAAGUUUUUAUAUUAAAACAAUACUGAAGAGAAAUACUUUACAUUGUAAAGUUUUCACUUGGUAAUGAAAAAACGGUCUCUUAAAAAAAAUAAAGGUAUUCCUUUUUUGUAGAAUUUAUGCAUAAUCUCUUAUUUUACCAAUCAAGUGGAUUAAGAACAUGUGGUAGUUCACAUAGAGUGGUGUAAUAUAAGACACAAUAAAUAGAUGGGGACAGGAAAAUUUAAGGAGCUGCUGCUGUAGCCUAAGGUGUCAUCAGAUAUUGAAACAUUUGGUUGAUUUACCUGUGCAGUGACACUGAAGUCUGUUUCAGGACUGGUUAUACAAAACCUCUGCUUCCUGUCAAUUCCUGAUUUUCUUCAUGGUGACAGAAAUUCCCUAAUGAUGCCUUCUGCUCCAAGUGAAUACCAGGUGGAAUGAUUGCUGUGCAUUUUGACACUGCAGUAAAUUUGUAGGUACGGGAUCUUGCAGCUACCCAAGGCCUCAGAUCUUUUCAGGAAGGGCUUCUGCAAUGUGGAAGAAUCCAAAAAGGUCACAGUUUGAUCCCUCUCUCUUGGGGACUUCAUGAAAAUUGAGCAAAUAACAUCAACCCAUCAAAAAUUAUCAUCAAGUGUGGGUUUGAUUGUUUACACAUUUCUUUUCCUGAAUUCUGACCUGUCUUGACAUCUGAGGAUGGAUCAAUGAUAAAUUCAGGCAACAUCUUGACUGAUGAAUUUAUGAACCAUAAUUUUCUCAUUUUCAGUCAUUUCCAGGUCACAGCACAUUAAGAUCAAGUGCUUUUUGUUGUGAAAUGGAAAAACAGAAUAGAAAUAAACAUACCCUUUGUAAAAUUUU